UGCUGGGUGGCCAGCACAGGGAGGGGCCCUCAGGAUAUGGCUGUGGGUGGAGGUUCGGAAUUAGGAAGAGAAAGCUAGGUGGAUGGUGGACAGGAGAAUUAGGCAGACAUUUAUUCCUUGGGGAAGCUGUGUGGAGAAUUGGAGGGGGAAGAGUGGAUGCCUGAGCCAUGUCCAGGACAUGAUGAACAGUUCCCACGCUAUGAAGACCUGUGUGCUCAUCCUGCUUGUGGCCCUACUGUGUGCAGAGAGAGCCCAAGGGUUGCGUUGCUAUGAGUGCCUGGGGGUCACACCUGGGACUUCUUGCCAACCAGCUACCUGCCAUUACCCUGACGGGGUCUGCAUCACUCAGGAGGUGGAAGUUACUGUGGAAUCUUACAAAGAGAAAAGAAAGAACAAGUUCUGCCUUCCCGUCUGCCCUGAAGAUCAGAAUCAUCUUGGAAAUAUCCAAAAUAUCCCUUUCCUUGGUACCUCCGUCAGCUCCAAGCUUUCCUGUUGUAAGGGAGACCUCUGCAAUGCAGCAGUUCCCACUGGUGGCAGCGUCUGGACCCUGGCAGGGGUGCUUCUGGUCAGCCUGGGGUCGGUCCUCCUGCAAACCUUGUUAUGAGGGUCCUCCCUGCUACUCCCACCCCCAUUUUUGUGUCCCAACAUUUCAUCACUCCUUCCUGGAGCCCUCUAGUGAUGAAUUGUGAGUUAUAAAAACCCUGAGGUGGGCCUUAGGGUGUGGGCCUCCUUGCUUCAACUUUAUAUUCCCUGCUGGGUAGGUGUCCCACCCCCUCGCCAGGUCUUUCAGAUCUGCAUCUCCAGCAUGCCAUUUUGUUGUGGCUUGCUGUCCUUGGCCCUGGAGGCAUGUGGACAGUCCAGGGAAGGGGUGGGAUUCCAAGGCUUUGUGCCACCACUGUCCACACAUAAAUCUCUGGGCUCUUGCAGGCUUCCCACACACAUGCUGCUCAAAGCCCUCCAAUAAACUCUUUGAUCUCCCAGCCAAGAAGUCCACUUUCCUUUUGCCGCAUGGAGUCUACUGAGUCCUGACUGCUGGCCCACAUCUCUGCCCUUUCAGCCAGCCCCAUAGCUAUCUCAUGUUACCCAGCUCAGAGUGGGGGUAUCCCUUGGUUUGGAUGGGCUUCCCUCAGAGCUGAUACUGGGGACAGAGAGAGGGUUUCUCCAUUUCUCAGGAGCACUUGUUUGUGCUGGGGAAGGGGUCUGCCAAGGAGAUGAGCCCUCAAAGGUGAAUAGGCGCUGCCCUGCCAGAUUCUUUUAGUUCAGAGGUAGAAGCUAUUUACUGCAGGGGCUCGUGGCCUGGCUUAGAGCAACCAAAGACUCACUGUGCCUCUUCUGGAGUCCCAGUCUAUAUUGGAUGCUACCACUGGGAAGGCCUGACUUGACACAGUGGGAUAACCAGGGAUCCAUCAUUGCUCUGUCCUUCUGUCCUUGAGAGGUUACUGCCCAGAGACAAUCAGAACCCAUAUGGUUAACACCACAGGAGUCCUCAUGGAAUAUGGGCAGCACCCUGGAAACUUGUGUGCUGUGAAUAUUACUCCCUGCCCUUGAAGGUCCUGAAGAUCUGAGAUUUUUUAUCAGAGUGAAGAUCCUGUGAGGUAGGGCUAUUACCCAACUAGGGAAGCCCUUGUCCCUGCAGCCUCCUGCCCUGGGACAAGCAUAGAUUCAGGAAUGUGGCCCAGGUGCUGGCUGGGACAUAAAAUUUGAGUAGGGAUUCUGGAACUUUUCUUCCAGAAGGCCUUGUUUCUGUUGCAGUUUCUUCUGGCUUCCUGCCUCCAAAGUGCUAGGUUUAUAGGUAGGUAACUAAGGAAGAUAGGGCCUAUAAGGCUAAGAGAUGAGUCAACCUGGAGUCUGCCUGAGGGCCUAGCAACAGGCACUGUCAGAGGCCCUGAUGGUGCCUAGCCAAUGAGGGGUGACCAUACAAUGUCACUGGAUCAGGAUGCAGCCUGGGUACUGGGAGGAUGGUAUAUAAGGCUCUCCUCACUGCUGAAUAAAUGAGUCUGCUGUUUACCUUUCACCUGA